AGGCCGAUCCGUUUAACGGAGCAUGCCCGACGAUCGUACGCCCGAGAGUAGAUCAAACCGUGGACCGAAAACAUAUAGGCCGGAGCCGGUUCCCCACCGAUCGACGGAGAUCAGUUGAAGUUGCGAGGGUGGCCUGGAGGUGCGGCCGUGCCAGUGCAAGCCGAAGAAGAAAGGAAAGGCUAGAAGAAAACAAACCCGAUCAGCCGACUACGACGACGACGUUGGUGAUGGGGUUGCCUCCGCGAGCAACGGCUUCGGUUGUGAUCUAAGAAAUACUGUAUUACUCGGUCAGUCGGUCUAGAGAGAGGUACCAAUGUCGACACAUAACGACGGUACGACGGUUUUCCUAGUCGCGCGAGUCGCGUUUUUGCCAGGGCGCGUAUACGUGUGAGGUGCGUCGUUGUGGUCAGGCGAAUUUGGGGUGCCGCGGGGCGGACGUUCUUUACCAACCGAAAUACCGUCGAGUGCUAAUUCGAAAGCGAUCUCGUUAGAGACCAUCGGUGCUAAUUCGGUGCGCUGUGCAGUGUGUCAAUGCUCAAAUAUGGGAAGCUGACCGAUCGGCCGUCGUUUUUUUUUUUGCACUCUUCGCAUCAUCGCACCUUCCUAAAACAACGCCAGCACAGCCACAAGACAAAGAAGGUGACAGCUGACUCGGUCAGACUCCUCGGUGUCGGUCUUCAAAUAUUCAGGACAACAGGCUGCAGCAUCAUCAACAACAAAAAGUGCUAGUGAAAAUCGGUCUCCUCACUUCCUUAUCACCCUCGGAUUAGGAUCCCCGCUUGGCAAACAGGGUGAAGCAGUGUUGGGAAAGCGGAAGUCUGAAGCGAACAACAACAACAAAAUUGGGAUACGGCAUGUGCAAAGGCACGAAGCUAUGACAGCACGAAAAGCUGUCUGUGAGUGACACAGUGAUGGCGCGGUGGUAGUGGAGCUUAACCGCAGCGAAAAAAGUGAAUCAAACGCGACGAGAGCAAAAGGAAAAUGAGAAAGAUCGCGAGCACGAAGGAGCACGAGAGUGAAACGGCCAACGGCGAAUGAUAGAUCGCCUGCUCGAUAGACAACGCCAAAACGCCAACGUUGCUCGCGAUCGUACCGUUCGCAAAGCCUCUCGGAAGCGUUAGCCUAUGAAUUGAUUAUCCUGGGGCGUGACGAAUGCGCCAGUGUGUGCUUUCACUCAAAUAUUUUGUGCGCUCUUGUGCCACAUUUGUGUGUCUGCAUAUGUGCGCGUGUACGUGUGUGUGUGUGCGAGUGUCUCUCUGUAUGUGCGAAUUGCGAUUUGUUAAGUUUUUGCCUCCCUCCCCCCAGCAGCUUCAUGUGUCAGUUACUACGGCGUGAUGCGGUUUAGUUCCCGUGGCGUGGCGUGUCGCUUCGCAUUUAUCUGUUUUGUUUGAUUUUGUGACGAUUUCUGCCCAAUCUGUGCUUCCACCGAUUGCCGAAGGAAAAAAUGUUUGACAAACGCACACGGUCGGCACGGUGCAUCAGCCGGUGUCCCGCACGGGGAAGAAAGUGAAGUGACGUUACAGCAAUCGCCGACUACCAUUUGCGCUUCAUGAUUGUGAUUAUUAAUUGGUGAUAUUUUGGAAACCUCCACACCUAGCGUUAAAUAAGUGCGAAAACAACAGAGAGAAAGAGAGAGAGAGAGAGAGAGAGAGAGAGAGAGAGAAGCUAUUUACCAGUAGCUUACGUGCGGAUGACAAUCGCUAAUAAGGCAUAUCCCAUUCUUUACUGAUUUCACCAUUUUUCCUUGCGGCAGAUUCAAUCUGCAGAAUAUGCUAACGGAUCCGAAAAUGAGGUCCACACUCGGUCUGAUGGGCAACGAUGAAAUUGCCAUCAAGCGAGAACUGAUCGACCCACUGGAAGCUACCGUCCACAGUAACCACCACCACCACCACCCCAACCUUCACCACCACCAUCAUCAUCAUCCGUCGCUGGAGGAGCGACUCGGAGGUCCGGGAAGUUGUCCACCGGCGCGUCCGGGAGCUCUCCUGUAUCCCGCCCCGGCCCCACAGAACAAACAACCGCUGCAAGGAUUCGAUCAGAUCUGGGGUCCUUCACGAUCGGAUAUGACCCAACGGCUGCACACGGCCGUCGGUGGGAUGAGCCAUUACUGGCCACCGUACGACAGCCAACCCGCAUGUCCCACUCCAACGACCCCCGGCGAAUCGCCCCAAGAUGGUCCGACCGGUCCCGAUGGGCAGAUCUACACGCUUACCGUGCUCCACGAAUCGCCCGAACACGGCAUCGUCUGGUCGGACUCGAACGCACUCGAUUCUCCGGUGCCACUUGCUCCGGACAUUAGCGAACCGAACGCACCGUACGAACCGACGGUCGAUUGCUUCAACUUUGACGCCACCAACUACGAUCUGGCCGAUUACUACGCCGCCAAGCCUUCAGUACAAUCGCACCAACAGCAGGGCAACGUUCCAUUGAUGGAUUCAUCCACCUCCUCGGCCGGAGGGGGCCAUCUCACCCAACCCCCAACCAGUGCCCUCAACCUCCACAGCACGGUGGAAGGGCUGCUCAACGAGAUACAGCUUUCGAGCUUCGGUGAUCGAAGCGCCCUUGUGCCGGGGUCGGACAUUGCUCUUCAAACAUCCGGCCACAGUCUCUACAGCGAGCCCUCUUCGUACCUGUACGAUGGAUUCUCCGUAACCGAUAGUUCCUCCGCAACGCACCACCAACAGCGAGCCAUGCUUCCAUCGCUUUCCGAGUCAUCCACUACGCUCACAUCUCCGGCCAACGCGCACCUCCCCCACGAAGGCAAGCUGGACACGAACAACAACAACAGCAGUAGCUGUCCACUCGCAGAACUCAACCCGCUGCCAUCGAAUCCGCUCAACAACGGACCAAGUUCGAGCAGUAGUUCGAGCAGCAGUUCGAGCAGUAGCAGCUCGAGCAGUGAUUCAACGGCAGCAGGAGGUGGUAACGGUGGCGGUGGUGGCGGCGGUGGUGGAGGACAGAAGCGGGGCCGCUCACUCCACUACUGCUCGAUCUGCUCGAAAGCGUUCAAGGACAAAUACUCGGUCAAUGUGCACGUGCGUGUGCAUACGGGCGAGAAGCCAUUCUCCUGCUAUCUGUGUGGGAAAAGCUUCCGGCAGAAGGCCCAUCUCGAGAAGCACUACCAGACGCACCUGCAUCAGAAGAAUCUCACCAAGCGGCCGAAGCCGAUCAAGGUGAAGCAAGAGCAGCAAUCGCAGCAGCAACAGAUGCAUCAGCAGCAGCAACUACAACAACACCAGACGCUGGAACAGCAUCUUCAGCAGGAUGCCGACGCAGGAUUAAUGCUGAGCCCGGUGCAAGUGAUAGGAAACUGCUGAGUCCUCGGACAAAGUUAGGCAAUUGUCGCAUACGCUAGAUAAGUACGCUCCGUAAGUGCGAAUGUAAAAAAGAUGUUUUAAGCUAGCCACUAAGCGUCGCACCGGUGCGAUCGUAGCGCCGCAGCACUAGGACAGCUACCCGAGGCGCAGGACCGAGCAGACGAACCUAUACGUAAAUGUUUUCAUUAUUAUUUAUUGCCACGAACAUUGAAACGAUUCCGAUCCCGAAACGUGAUUGUGUAAGGAGGAUCUCCCCACA